AUGAUGGUACUAUAUUAGAAUAUGGGAGUUAUGAUAAAUAUAUAAGUUUAUGGGAUGUUAAGAAAAGAUAUAAAAAGUUCGAAUUAGAAGUUUGAUUAUAUCCUGAUGGUAAUAAAUUGGCAUCUGGUAGUUAUGAUAAAUAUAUCUAUUUAUGGGAUGUUAAGACAGGAUAAUAAAAAGCAAAAUUAUGUGGUCAUACUAGCACUAUUAAUUCAAUCUGUUUCUCGCCUGAUGGUUCUAUAUUGGUAUCUGGUAGUGAUGAUAAGUCUAUCCGUCUAUGGGAUAUUUGGUCAAUGUAAUAAUAAAACAAAAUUAGGUGAUUAUACUGACAGUUGUAAUUAAAUCAGUUCUCCUAUUGAUGGAACUCUACCAGCCUCUUAUAUUGAUGAUAAAUAAAAUUGUUUAUAUGAUAUUAAGACAGGAUAAUAAUAAGACAAGUUAUAUGGUCAUACUAGCAUUAUUAAUUCAAUCUGUUUCUCUCCUAAUGGUACUAUAUUAGUUUCUGGUAGUGAUGAUAAGUCAAUUCGUAUAUGGGAUUUUAACACAGGGCAAUAAAUAUUAUAAUUCGAUGGCCAUACUCGUGGAGUCCUAUCGGUAUGCUUUUCUCCUGAAGGUGAUAUAUUAGCAUCCGGUAGUAGAGAUAUGUCUAUCCGUUUAUGGGAUUUUAAAGCAAAAAAAUAACAAUUCAAAUUGGAUGGUCAUACUAAUUCAGUUUGGUCAGUAUGUUUUUCUCCUGAUGGUACUUUUUUAGCAUCUGGAAGUGUAGACAACUCUAUUCGUUUAUGGAAUGUUAAGACAGGAUUUGAAAAAUAAAAAUUAGAUGGUCAUACUGAUUCAAUGGUUGUACAAUAGCAUCAGGUAGCAAAGAUAAUUCUAUAAAAAAAAUGGAAUGUUAAGACAGGAUAAUUAAAAACAAAAUUAAGUGGUCAUACUAACUGUGUGAAUUCAGUCUGCUAUUCUCCUGAUGGUACUUCAUUAGUAUCUGGUAGUGUUGAUAAGUCUAUCCGUUUAUGGAAUGUAAAGACAGGACAAUUAAAAUCCAAAUUGAAUGUUCAUAGUGAUUCUGUUAAUUCAGUAUGUUUUUCUCCUGAUGGUACUUCAUUAGCAUCUGGUAGUGCAGAUAACUCUAUAUUGUUAUGGAACUUUAAGACAGGACACUUAAAAUCAAAAUUAUAUGGUUCUAGUAAUUGUAUCAAUUCAGUAUGCUUCUCUCCGAUGGGUACUACAAUAGCAUUUUGUAAUGAUGAUACAUCUAUCAAUUUUUGGGAUAUUAAUAUGGAAAGCGAAAUCAAAUAUUUUAAUUAAAAUUGUGAGGGUAUGUCAACUUAAAUGAAAACUCUCCCUUUAUAAUAUAAUCCUUUUUCAGAAAGUUUAAACGCAAUAUCUAUUCUUCUUAUUUUUAAAAAACCGAUAUUUUAAGCCCAAAAUGCCUUAAUUUUACAAGGAGAAUUUAUAAAUUAUUAUGGUGUAGAUCUAAAAUAAUAUUUGAAAACUAAAGGGAGUUGUUUUUUGGAGAAUUAAGUAGAAUUUAAAUUAAAGUGA